AUGGAUGCACUCAAGACACCAGAGCCGCUUUUUCUACCACAGUUUUUGGUCUUGGCACCCAGGACUGGUAUGCUGAUCGCAGCUGCAUUUGCAAUCGUUGCAUACAGCUAUUACAAACACACUCAGCAUCCACUCUACAGGUUCCCGGGACCACCUUCGGCUGCAUGGAGCAACAUACUUCAUUGUUACUAUUUUAUUCAAGGUCGACAACCCUUCAAAUUGCUUGAACUACACAACAAGUACGGAGGAGUUGUUCGUACGGCUCCUAAUGAUCUCUCUUUUAACACGGCUGGCGCAUUUCGAGAUAUCUACAAUUUUCGGCAGGGCCACGAGACUUUUAUCAAAAGUGACUACUACGAUGGGGGUGUGUUCGCAGACAGAGCUCAUUCGAUUGUAAGCGAGCGUGAUCCCGGACAGCAUGGGCACAUGCGAAAGUACCUCAGCCACGCCUUUUCGGAUAAGUCGCUGAAGGCACAAGAACCGCUUAUUGAUGAAGUUGUAGACGAGUUCAUCUCCCAGAUCGGUGUGCAUGGGUCAAAGAAAAGUGGCAUCGACAUUGUGACUUGGUUCAAUUUGGCGACUUUCGAUAUCAUCGGCUCAUUGGCUUUCGGGGAGACUUUCGGGGGUGUCAAGUCAGGUGAGGUUCAUCCUUGGAUUUCGCGGAUUAUCGCGGCGAUUGGAAAGAGUACUUUAGCGGACUUCUUCAAGCGCUUUCCCGCAUUUGCAGCCUUGUUCAAAUGGUCGUUCCCGAAAGCAAUUGAAAAGAUGCUGGAAGAUACGGCGAGCCACGAGAACUAUACCAUUGCUCUAAUCGACAAAUUGAGCAAUCCAUCCACCCGACCUGAUUUCCUGACACGCAUGCUCGAGAACCGACCGGAAGAUUUGACGGAUGUUCAGAUCGCAGCGCACGCGUCCGACUUUGUUAUUGCUGGCAGUGAAACAACAGCCACAACUUUGAGUUGCAUUAUGUAUUAUGUGCUGAAAAACCCCUCCGUAUACCAAAAGGUCACGCGCGAAAUCCGCGAAAGGUUUUCAAGUUAUGAAGAGAUCAACUCAACGGCAGCAACUCAGCUCAAAUAUCUUCAUGCACUGGCUCUUGAGGCGAUGCGAAUCUAUCCGCCUCUCCCUUUGGCCUUGCCGCGAGUCGUCCCCAAAGGUGGAGAUACUAUAGAUGGUCAUUUCGUUGCAGAAGGGACCAUUGUCACGGCCAAUCCCGUCGCAGCGUGUUUAUCUGAGAAGAACUUCGACGCACCAAUGGAGUUUAAACCGGAGCGAUGGCUUGGAGGAAAUACAAUCGAUGAUCAAGAGGCGUCGCAGCCUUUUUCGAUGGGACCUCGAGGAUGCCUCGGCAGGAACCUGGCAUGGAUUGAGUUGAGCUUGCUGCUCUCGAAGAUCUUCUGGGUCUACGAUGUUGAGCUUUUGAAUAAAGAGGUCAAUUGGUUGAGGGAUUCAAAGAUGGCGAUGCUGUGGAAGAAGCCGAAGCUCAUGAUCAAGACUACGCGCAGACAUGCUGCCGCAUAG